AUAACCUCCCUAUCCCACAAUCUCCACCAGUGGUAAUGGAAGAAAACCCAAACCUGGAAAAAACAUUCUUAAACAUUUCAAGAACCAGUUUUGAUUGAGCUUUUUGAGGUUUCCCAGGAUGUCUACUUGCAGAGCUCUUGUUACCUGUCCUUAUUUUCCUCGAACUUCCACUCCAAACUCCAAGAAAUCCUCUAAGGUUCAUGCUGGUAACUCUGGCUUCACCUGUAGGGUUCUGUGCUCCACUUCAACUCCAGAGCUGCCCACCACAACAACAGAAAAAGUUGGAAAUGAUAUUCCCUUGACCGGGAGCGCAUAUGAUUUCUAUAGAGCAACGAAGUCGCUGACUCAGAAGGCGUUAUCUUCGCCAAAAAAGGUCACACUUGUGCGACACGGAUUCAGUACUUGGAACGAAGAAGGUAGAGUGCAGGGAAGCUCGAAUCUAUCUGUCCUGACAGAACAAGGAGUUAUGCAAGCCCAUCGGUGUAGAAAGGCAAUCGAGGAGAUACACUUCGACCAAUGCUUUGCAAGUCCAAUCUCGCGUGCAAAGUCCACAGCCGAGAUUAUAUGGCAGGGGAGGGAGCAGCCUCUCGUUUUUCUUGAUUCGUUGAAGGAGGCUCAUCUCUACUUCCUCGAAGGCAUGAAAAAUGAGGAUGCCAAGCAGAUAUACCCGAAGGAGUACACAACGUGGCGUGAGGAUCCCGCUAAUUUCUGCGUGGAUGGCGUCUACCCUCUCGAGAAACUAUGGCAAAGGGCACGCGAGGCUUGGAAGGAAAUACUACUCUCUCCUGGCGACCACUUCCUCGUCGUGACUCACAAAUCGAUUCUGAGGGCACUGAUCUGCACAGCUCUUGGAUUAGGGCCUGAAAGGUUUCGCUCGGUCGAUGUGAACAAUGGAGGGUUGUCUGUGUUUAGCAUCAACAAACAAGGAGAAGCCAUGCUCAAAUCCUUGAACAUGACUGCCCACAUGUACACAGACCACAUUUAUCACUACUGAGAUGAUGAAAUAAGACCACCAUUGAUGCUAAUAUGAUGUGCAUAGUCUGAACAAAUGCAGAACUUUGACAUGUAUUAUUAGGUUAUCCAAAGGACUUAGAGUUCUGCUACAUGGAAUUCCGAAGCCGGGAUGGAACGGUCAAGAGCGUAUUACUAAUGACCAUUCACUCUUAUCUUGUCACGUCAAACAGGAUUUGUUUCCUGAUAAUACAAAUAGUUAUUUUCUGAUGAACUAAUAAUGUUUCUGGUAAGUACAACUUUAAUGCAAGAUCACUACUAGUAGGCGGCAUUAA